CUCAAAUAUUCUUUUCUCUCGAAAAUUAUAAGAAGACAAGAAGACGAAGUCCGUUCGUGAUAGAGAAUCCUAAGGAAGACGUGAUGGGCCGGAGAUAGAGAUCUCUUGAUCAAGGCGCUAUCGUUUGUUUUUCUUUAGGAGCCACAAUCAUUUCACGUUUACUUAUUAUGCAUGUGAUGUAUGAUUGAAUGUAUGCAUGUAUGUGAUUUUCGCUAGUGCAUACGCGCGGUGUAUGCCAUAGGCAAGACUGCGUUAUAAAUCCCUCAUAAUUUUAAGUCUGUGCCACCCCGACGCCCCGUCACUCGUCAAACCCAAUUUAGAUCGGUAACGGACUCACCCAAGUGAGACGCCCGGUUUACGUUGGUUAGGCGCGAAACCCGUAACUAGGGUACUGACUCGCCCCGGGUUAGUCUUAACUAAGUCUUGGUCAUAAGGAUGAGAGACUUAGGGCACUGCGGUAGGAUCAAUAAAUAAAAUCAGAUCAUCCAACCAGAGUUGUAAAUUGUUACAAUUGGAAUUUAUUCCUACCAGAAAUAAUUUAACUGUAGGGCAAGAUGCAAAGCACAACUAUAGUUAAAUGAAAUAUGGAUCUGGCCCAAUUAAGAAUUUUAUUUAAAAGAAUCCACCGAACCAAGAGUUGUUAGGCCAUAUAAACGAGAAACGCAUAUCCAAGCUACAUCGGUCGGGAAUGCUGGAGUCAUUUGAUCUUGAAUCAUAUGACACAUGCGAAUCUUGUUUAUUGGAAUCAUUCUGGGGGUAUGCGCUGAGCACUGCAAUAUAUACUCUUAACCGAGUUCCAACCAAGGCGGUUGAAGGAACACCAUACCAGCUAUGGACGGGCAAAUGCCCGGUUCUGUCACACUUAAAGAUUUGGGGCUGUGAGGCUUAUGUCAAACGUCUUUUGACGAAUGGCAAGCUUGACGCCAAGUCUGAUAAGUGUUUCUUCGUGGGAUACCCAAAGGAAACUCGAGGGUAUUCAUUCUAUCACCCUAUCGAUAAGAAGGUAUUCGUUGCUCACAAUGGUGUCUUCCUCGAGAAGGAAUUUCUCUCCAUCGCAACUAGCGGGCGAAAGAUAGAGCUCGAAGAAAUUCGAGACGACGAAGAAACUACCGCGCCGGUUCUGGAACAUGAGCUAGAGGAACAAACUGUUGUACCUCAAAAUGCUCAAGAUACACAAGAACCCCGUAGGUCUAACCGGUUACGCGCACAACCUGAAAGUGAAGUAGAAUUUUCCAUCGACCUUGUCCCUGGAACAAGACUGAUAUCUGCAACACCCUAUCGCAUGGCUCCUGCUGAAAUGAAGGAGUUGAAGGCUCAACUUGUAACACCCUAAUCCGUUCAGGUCUGCAGCCCCUUUUGGACUAAAGUAUUAACUUGGCAACGUAAAAAUUUCAAACAUUUAAAAACUUUAUUUCAAAUAUUGUACUAAAUAUUUCAUAAUACAUCAGAGUAAAAUUAUUCAAAAUAGUACAGAAGCGAUUUGCAAAUUACAACAGUGUGGUCACCAUGUGAUAAAAUCAUUUAGUUAAAUAAUAAAUUUGUGCACGUCCACGCAUCACCUCCAUCUCAGUAAUCUCCAAAAUAGGUUCCAUAUUUAUUCUCUCUCAUACCUAUGUGUAGAAAGAUGAAAAAGUCUACACGCUCAGCAAUGAAGCUGAGUGGUACCA